CUCGCGCCGGACGGCAGCAUGGGUCACCCGGAGACUCUCCCCUCUCCGGCGCGCCGGCAGCGACGGCUCUCCGCCGCCACCGACUUCGCCGUCACCUUCUUCGUAGCCACCCUGCUCACCACCUGCGCCUGGAAGUCGAUCUGGAUCCUGCUGGACGCGGCCGUGUUCCCGAACGCGGCGCGCCCGUCGGCAUGGACCUCGUUCACUAUCGGCGCCGUAGUGGUUUACAUGCAGACCUUUAUGCGCGAUCGGCUGCAGCUGUAUUUCUUCCGCGGCAGUGCCGGCGCGGCGCGGCGCCUGGCCGCGCGCGGGGUGGUCGUGUGCCUCUGGAUCGGAGUGGUGUCUCUGUGGCGUGGCGUGUUCCUCCUGAUGGACACCGACUCGGGCCUCUCGUGGUUCUCCUACGGCAUGUUCGCCGUCGCCGGGUUCGUCGUGUUGGCCAAGCUGCGCUUCCUGAACACGUGUGUGGCGCUGCCACUCGGCGUGGAUGUGGACCUGCCCAAGACGUUCUUCAGUUUCGAGUCGCCAUUGGAUACAACGCUGUCGGACGACUACCACCUGCGCACGAUGGACGCGUUCCUGAGCGUGGUGCUCACCUGUAUCAGCACCUUCCUGUGGCGCGGACUGUGGGGGUUCUUCGACAAGAUCGUCCUGCCCGGCGACCCGCCCGUCUCCACGGCCAUCUCACUGGGUGUGGGUUUCGUGGUGUGCGCGCUGAGCUACGCCAUCCAGUGGCCGGUGGUGCGGUGGUACCGCCUGCUGCCCUUCGUGCCGGCGCUGACCGCCCACGACCUCCUGGCCCUGUUCGGACUGACGGGCGUCAUCAACGUCUGGCGCGGCGUCUUCCUCUUCUUUGACGUCAUCCUUCCCGCUGACAUGGAGCCUUCGCUGCGGCUCGGCUCGGCUGCCGCGGUCUCGGUGGCCUCCGUGCUGCUGCUGAUGCUGUUCAGGAUGUCGAAGAACCUGCUUCUCUGCGGCGUUCAGCGCGACCUCAUCGGCCCCCUACCCUUCAACUGUAGGUGUUUGUCACGUCUGCUGCAGGCCAAGUCGUUAAUCAGCUAUGUGGCUCCGAAGCCGACAGCGAGACCGAUACCGAUUCCCGGUCAGAUGUUCGUCCACAUCCCGAGAGAUAUUGACGGAAAGCCGGAGACGCUCAUCUGAGGGAUGGCACACCCGGCCGAGCGACAACUCAUCUGAAAAUGCACUCGUCUCAGGUGGUACUCCCUUGAGAAUGAAUUCGUCCGACGACCGGGCGGCUCAUGUAAGAGGUACUCGGCUGAUGAGGCUCGCACCUGAAGGUGCUUUCUGGGAACCGACCUGGCCCGAUUUUCUUCUGAGCGAGAAGUAAGUGUUAUGGGAAGGUAUAUAAAGAUCCGGCUUAUUAACAGUUCCCUGAGGAGCGAGGCUACGCGAGACCUCCGGAACGAUCUUAGUGUGUGGAGGAGUAGGAGAAACUUUGGGAAGAAGGUAAUCCUGUGCGUCUUUAAUGGUUUUGGCACAGCAUCCCGAAUCGUCCCGCGCAGACAGGAGGGCCUCAGUGAUAAAUAUGUGCUAGUUUUAUGUGUGGCUUACCUUUAUUUUCUUCGAACAUACAUUUAAACUGAAAUGAUGUUUAGGGCUCAAUUUAUUGUACAGAAACGGUUUAAGACACUUCUUUUAACAUAACACUGUUCAAAUGGUGUACUGCAGACUAAACUCAGCGAAUAUAAGCUGUAUGCAUGCAUGUUACGCAUACAUAUAGUUACAACCUACAACGGUGCUAAGAAACAUACCUACCUAUUCUUUGAAGUCGCUUUUCCAUGCUUCAAAUUUGUUUUUGUAAAUAAAUACCUACGGCGGGAUUCAUAAACAACAAUACAAAAGGCCUGCCAUGAAUAAUGAAACCCAGGUUCAUCGCUGAUUUUAAAAUAUAAAUGUAAAUAUGUAUGCUUUUUAAUGUUUAAGCGGUGCUAAAAUGUGUUAGCACCUACACGGCUGAACCGACGUGGGAAAUGUCACGUCAUGAAUUGGUGCAUUCGUAAGAUGAAUGAGUGCAUCUUUGAAGUGUGUGUAAUGAGAUGAUAUAUUUUUAUAGCACAUAGAGCUUAUGCGUCAGGUUUGUGGGUAAUUUUGUGAACAUAUUUAUUUACUUGAUGUAAUAGUAGGAUGACGCAGCCUGUGUUGCACCGUUCACGAGCAAGUGCAGCACUUAUUACGAAUCUGACGGGCAUUUAGACGUGCCUUUACGAGUAUCGCAAAAUGCAAUAUGACCCGCGUGAAAACCACUUGUCCCGCGCAAUUGUUCCGCGAACCAAACUCAUAAACAUAAACCUCUGCUUCUGCAUGCCGAAUAAAUAUUGAUAGAUGCGAUCUGAAUUAGGAAACACUGCUUUCAAUUAUCCCUUGUGAAAGCACGUCGCUUGCAGCUGUAACUUGUUGCUGAACUAUGCAACGAUACCAAUGUACACUGUAGUGUACACUGUACACAUCUGAUGUAUAUUGUAUAGCAUAUAGUUACGUAUGUAAGUACAGAGGCCUCUUGCACCAAACUACCUAGCUAGGUAAAAUCGAAAAACCGGUUUCAGAAUAAGCUAAUCUAACGGUGGUAAAUUUGUUUGCAAUAGCCCAAUGCAUAAUCAUACAUGUGCUUGCUAAAUUUUGCACGCAAAUUGUUACAUUUGAGACUUGGACUGGGUAUACGAUGCAAAAUAAUCCAAGCAUUGGUGCAAGAGGAUUUUGGUGCAAGAGGCCUCAGGUGAGAUCAAAUCUGCAAGUGAUUUAUUUCAUUGUGAUGACGCUUAGACAGUUGUACUCUUAGUGUAGAAAAUAAUGAUAACUUGGUGUGCUUGUAAGCCGUAUGUUUUUUGAUCGAUGUGUCAAAUAAUAAUUGCUCGUAAUUGUCUUGACCUAGAGGCGGGUUUUCGCAAACUUCCGUGUAUUUACACGCCGUUGUUAUAGUCACCGGUUGUUGUGAAACGUUUCGUAAUUUAUGUGCAGUACUGAAGCAAUACAAUAAAAUACUGGUCCAUACGGAAUGCAAAUACAAAAUAACACAUACCAAACACAUA